CAUUUUGGGCUCAUAAUUGUUGAUUUAUUGUUGCUUACUUGCUGCAAUCUUUGUGAGCUGUUUACGUAGUGCGACAAAACGGGAAGCACAAGGAUAUUUUCAUGGCUAGCCAUGAUUUCUCCAAACAUUCGAAAACCAUUUUUAUUUUCACAUUUUCUUUGGUUCUGCUUCAUUGGCUGGUCUGCGCUGGAAAAAUCAUAAAUGAAGCCGACAUGUCUUCCUCGUACGUUGAAGAGGAGCAUAACGUGGAUGACCAUGAACUUGAACCUGUCAAACAUCAUCUAGAAAUAUUACCAGAAGCCCCUCUCACAGGUUUUGCACUCGUUAAAAGGGUAGAUGAGACUCUCAACCUCACCUGCCAAGUCGUCAAAGAAUCUGGACCAUUUGUCAAAUUUCAGCUAGAGUGGCACUUGCCACAGCACAGUACAAAUCGCAUGCAUAAUAUAUUCAACAAGCCAGGAGCUAUCAACACCCUUCACCUGACAAUCACAAAAUUACAGGAGUCUGAUAGCGGAAAGUACCGUUGUGUUGCCAGAGGUGAAAAGCUAACACAGCUUCAGCAUUCAGUUGAUAUUAGUAUAUUGCCAAGAAAAGGAACUUGUGGAGAUAAUAUGUUUAUGUGUUCUUCCAAAUCUUGCAUACCCCAACGAUACAAGUGCGAUGGCACUUCCGACUGCGGUGACGGAGCAGACGAAUCCAGAGAAAUUUGUGGUGAAUCGCCAUGCGACGGAAAACUGCACUGCGACGAUGGCAGAUGUAUAUCGAAGAAAGUCUGUUGCGACAAAUACUACGAUGCUAACUGUACGGCAACCUACGAAAUCCCGUGUUGCGGCAAGCUGCUCAAUUUCCUGGCGCCAGACUUUCCCCUGCAGACACACCAUCAGUUUCACGAAAUCGGUUUUCUCCAGUCUACAAUGUAUACGAUUAUAGGUUGUGCCGUGGCGUUCGUUUUGAUCGUUACCUUCACGGUUAUUACCGUUUGUCGUGUUCACAUGCGGCGCUCCGCAAUACCCAACGCUUAUUCCGCAUACCGGUCCGACACUCGUGUCUGGAGUGAUCUUGACUCUUACUUGGCAACGUCAAAUAACCGCUGGACACGUGGAUUGCUCCGCUCGGAUUUGAGUCGAUCGCCCGGUCUGGUUUUGAAUUCGUACGGCGAUCCAGGCGGCCCUGGACCCAACACAAGUCUCUUGGUCACGUACAACAUCAACAAUGGUGUCCAGCUGAUGGGUCGACCCGUCGAGCCACCGCCCUAUGAGGAAGUGGCGGCCGGUGGACACGGCGGCGGUAAUCGAGACGAGCCGCCACCUCCUUAUGUUUCCCGCGAGAAUCUCAGCACGAACGACUGGUCGGCCGCCCGCAAUGUCACCAGCUGUCAACACAGCAGCAACAACAAUCCUAAUAGUAGCAGCAGUAGCAGCAAUGGGCCGUUCCUCUCGGCCAUUUUCUCUCUUUUAGUCAAUAACUCACAGCCACUACCCGGCCAGCAGCCACAGUUGGGCGAUCGAGUCGUUCCGCAACCCCCUCCGCCCCUGGAAUUGGCCGCCGAGCGUGUUGAAGAAGACAACAACAACGGCGAUAUUAAUGGUAACAAUACGGGACAGAUCUGGGUCAGACCCAACUCCAAUAACCGCGCACAGCCGAACCCGGAUACCACCACCAGCACGACGGAACGAACGUCGAGGAUGCAUCCCGACCCUCCUGGUAGUCCACCUCCUCCUUCUUCUUAAUAGCUCCUCACAAAAUUACUUUUAAAAACUCUUUGAAAAAACAACAACAAAACAUGAAAAAAAAUCAUAUCUAAUCUCUUAGACGUAUGUCUGUGUGUGCAAAAAUAUGAACUGUUUUUUAACGGCACAUAUGAACUUUUGACCUCGAUCGCCAGCAGACAACAACAACAAAGAAUUCUCUGUUUGGCAAUUUUUCACUUUAAUGAUCAAAACUAUUUUCUCCCUCCCGUUUCUGACGAUGACGUGUGCCAAUCUCUUGUACAGUAUUUUAAAAAUUCCUUCCCGUUCUGAUUUUUGUUACUUUUUGAAUUUCUUUUUUUAAGACCCAAACAAAAAUAUUUCUUCUUUUUUUCUUUUUCAAAGAACAAUUUUGCGUGUCAGUGUUUGUAAAGCUUUUAGCAAAAGAAGAAAACAACGUUUAACUGUGUCCGAAUAGACUAAUGAAAUUAUAUUUAACCCCUUUAUACUCUUAAACUUGUAUUGCGAAAUAGGCCGUUUUCCAGGGUUUUCCAGGGCUAUUUCAUCGAUCAUUCCGCUUUCUCCACAUAUCGUCCAGGAGUGUAAUUAUACGCCGAAAUAAAUAUUGGAAAACUCUCCAGGAAGAAAUCAUCUGUGACAUCAUUGGUACGUAUACGUAUAGCAUGCAGAGUUAAAAGAUAAGGAAAAAAGGACUGUGUUCCGCUCUGCUGAACUUUAAUAACUGCAGGACGAUGCCUCAGACGAACUCGGUACACAAAAUAGGAGCCAGGUAAGAAAGAACUCGUGAGGUAAAGAACUCAUCUCGUGAUGAUGAUGAUGAUGAUGAUUGAAGCACGACGAGUCCCAGUGAACCAAAUAUAACGGAGAGAGAGACUGCUGUGUGCACCUCCAGAUAGUUUGUGCGUGGAAGUAUCAAUUAAAGUUUGACUGUUGUUCUAUGCGUUGUAUGUGUGUGUAUAUACCCAAGAUGGCCUCAAUUGUUGCUCGGGGUCGAGCACCUAAAUGGAAGGAGCUAGCUAGAGGUUGGCCUCGAGCUCUCUCAUCAGAGGCCUCGAUUCGUUACCGCCCGUUUCACGAAAAACGCCUCUUUUUCGUUCGUUCAAACCCACCGUGUUUUUUUUUUUUCCUUCCUACCCAUCGAUGAUUUACCACCACGUGUUUCACGGUGGGAAUCGAGGCUAGUUGGUCCCCGUAGCUCGAGUAUAAAAGCAGCAGACUUUCGGCUUAGAAUUCACACAACAACUUGUUCAUUCAUUUGAUCAACAACUCCUCUCCGGAUUCUCUCUCUCAAACUAAACAAUGGCAUCCAAGCUGGUUUUGGUCACCUUGUUCCUCGCUGCCGUCGUGGCUGCCGCAUCGGCCCGCCCCCGAUUUUUGGCCAUCCCCAUCGAAGACAUCCAGUUCCUCCGCGGACCCGCUCCUUAUGCAGGAUUCGCCCCACAACAGCCUGCACUCCGCGUCCGCCGUGCCUCUCCCAUCGAUGAGGAACGCCAAGGAGCAGCCUCUCAGCCCCGUGCCAGCAGCAGCUACGGCGGUAAUGACUACGUCGAUUACGGAGCCUACACCGGUGGAAACGGAGCUUUCGGCUGGUACUCUGACCACCCCGUCGGCAACAGCGGCAGCGGCGGCUAUUAAAAAUGUAUAUGUCACGAAGACAUAAAGGCCCGCGAUCCUCUCAACUUGAACGUUUAAUCGAUACAAGACGACCAACUCUCUCUCACCAGCCUUAUUAACAUCUCCUUAACUAUUAUGAAAACAGUCACUCUGUUUUUUUGUUUUUGUUUUAUUUGGUUAUUAUUAUUCCACAUUUUCAAACAUGUUCGACGUUUCACUGCUGAGCAGUCCGUUGUUCCCAUCAUCUUCGUUCGUGCUGUUUGAUGUUGUUUAAUUGAAUUGUUGCCUGGGCGACGACCAUCUUGUCUGGCGAAAAUACAACGCGGCGCGCGUAUCCACACGA